GCCUUCCUAUCAUCUUAAAGGCAACUGUUUACACCAUCUCGCUUAAUAAGGAAAGUAUCAUAUUUUUUAUAUUGAUAACAGAAUACAGAAACAUUGAAAUGGACGUUAGCUGGCGAUGGCAACUACCUAUCUUGUUAAUGGUUUUCUGCCCUAUCCUAGGCUGCGGAACGUCUGGAGCCCAAUGCCAGGAUAAUUCCAGCUUAGGUAACGAUUCCAUCUAUACACAAGACACGAUUGCCAAGGGGUCACUCAGCAACGAGGGCAUCAGACAUGGUAUGAACGAUCUGGGCCGUUUACCCCAUGACGUCAGGUGUACUGGACACGAUGAGAGGUCUAGUGUGGGCGAGAUGGACUUCAGCAACAACUUCAAUACGUGCCCGGCUAACGAAACCGUAGGGAACUUGCCGUGUGUAGACAUUACUGGUGGCAGCACUGGCAAGACAAUAAUAGAGCAGGACCUCGGCUUCACAUUUCAGCUUGACGUCUUAGGCGUCUGCUUCAAUGUCACUGUCAUCGAGGUCAACGGAGAAAAGAUCGACUACAUCGAGAUGUUCGAGAAGUUGAAUCCUGUUUCUUUCCGCGAAGAAUCGGCCAACGAUAGCACACUGUACAAGACCGAGAUCUCUGAAAGUGAUGAGAUGGAAGUCGACUUCCCUUCUAAUUUUGUCGUUCACAUUAGCGAAAACAAGUCUCGGAUCUUGAACGUCACGGGGUUUACAAAUACCGGAAAGUGCAGGGAGUUUGGUAUCCCGCGUAAAGUGGCCGAAGUAUUCCCUUUCAAAGAAAGUGAGAUCCCUCGGCUAAGGGAAGCCUUACGGAAAUACAAGUCUCGGAGUGAAAUGGCUCAGAAUCUAAUGAAUGCUAUGUUCUCAGGCGCUCUAGCGAUUCUCGUGAUGAUUAUCUGUCGGUUGAAGUUUUUGACAAUAAAGCUUCAGUUGAUCAACCAGUACCUGGAAAAUUACCUAGAGCGGCAGCAGAGACAGCGCAUUGGCCGGUCAUGCUGGAAACAUCGCAACUCCAUUUAUGCAUAAUUUUGUUUACAUCCUUGAAACAUUUUCUAAUUAAGCAACCACACUGCCUUUAAAUCUUUUAAUAGCUACUAAAAUACAGAAGUUAAAUUUAUUUCAUUCUUUUGCAAAUGUAGUGUAUACAAUGUUUCUAAAAGUUGAUUGAUUUCUAUCUUCUCUGCACCAUCUGUAGUUUUCGGAAUGUGAUAUGUAUAUUUUAAUCAAUGAAUUGAUUUUUAUAUCAAUUAUAUCAUUUAGAUUUAUGUUUUAUAAAAUUGUUAUAGUCCCUGUUUUUAUUAAUCUAAUGUCUAUUGUUAUUUAGUACUUCACGAUUGUCAUUUUGUAAUGGAAAAAAAUUGUGAAUUCUUGAAAAGAAAGUAUCUUCUUUUAAGGUGCUUCCACGCCUGUUAUGACUAUAGGCUAUUGUGAAAUUAGUUGCGCUUUAACACCAGGUAAGAUCAUUUGUCUACCAGGGAUUUAUCUACAAAAUGUCGUUUGUGAAAUUUUAUUGCGCCUAAAGGGUUUGAGAUAAAGGUGAAGGUCACUAAAUUUGUGACUGUCUAUACACUAUUACUUGAUAUGUCUAGCUGUUUGGUCAUUAAAACGUGUUGUAAAAUUGUGUUUUGUUUAUAGUGUCAUUUUUCAAACUCCAAUAAAACGAUUUAUUAAAAUC